AUGAUUGCACCUGUACCCCUGGAGAAUGAUCUGCCUUUGGGUCGAGUCGCAGGCAACUGCGCCCGUGCCAGCCCAUCUCAAGACCGGAUUGAGGUUUGCGAAGAUUUCUAUCUCGUCCUUAGGGGUACAUGUUCCUUCAGGGCAAUAUCCUCGACUGCAGGCAAAGUCACAGAGGUUGUUCAGGAUAUCAGAUUUGCCGAAGCCCGCCACAUCACCCUCAUUGGUCUAGACCGGGGGCUGCGUGAGAGAUCCUGUCUUUGUGUAGGUGCAGAGGUUGACCGGACAGUAACCAGGUCCAAAGGCUGUGAAGUCGCCGUUUGA